UCCUGGCGUCUGUUACAUUUCAUUUUGGGCGCGGCGCAUGCGCAAGGUCGUGUCUCAGUGACAAAGUUCCAUUCACAAAAGAGAGUAUCUCCCGGGGAGUGACGCCGGCCCGGGAUGCGCCGCGUCCUCGGCUCACGGUGGCUGUUGGCGGGAGUCUCCUUGGCUGCGGGAGCCGGUUUGGGGAUCGGAUACGGAACCCGCCGGCACCCAGAGGCUUCCGAUCACCUCCUCCGUCUCCCUGUGAUUCCGAUCCCGUCUGUAACUGCGGAUGCCAUUGGCAACGAGUCCUUGGUACCAAUCGGUCCGGCUCAGCCCAGCCUCGGCAAGACGACCGAAAUCAUGAAGUUCGGGUUCCCCUCUCUGUCCCACAUCAAGACACGCGAAUCAUACGUGUUGGCCUAUGACCCACGCACCAGGAAUGCCCUGUGGGUACUAGAGCAAUUGGACACGGCCAGGCUGGGCCAGUCCUGCUCCGACCGCAGUCGAAGUGAAUUCAGGGAGGACGAGUCUGUGCACGAAUACCACCGAGCACAGAACGGCGACUACAAAGGUAGCGGUUUUGACCGGGGUCACUUGGCAGCAGCCGGCAACCAUAAGCAGAGCCAGAAAUGCAUGGAUGAUACCUUUUACCUCAGCAACAUAGUACCGCAGAAUCCUAAUUUAAAUAAGAGUGCCUGGAACAAUCUGGAGAAGUACUGCCGGAGCCUAACCAAGUACAACAAAAAUGUGUAUGUUUGCACUGGACCCCUUUAUCUGCCGAGGAGGGAGCCAGAUGGAAAGAUAUAUGUUAAGUAUCAGGUCAUCGGGAAGAAUAACGUUGCAGUUCCAACACACAUCUUUAAAGUGGUGAUACUGGAGAAGCACAGCGGGGAAAUUGAACUGCGGUCAUAUGUAAUGCCAAAUCUGCCAGUUUCAGAGAAUAUUCCUCUUGAAAAUUUCUUGGUGCCAAUCGAAAGCAUCGAGCGAGCGUCUGGCCUUCUGUUUGUCAGCAACAUUCUGAAAAGAACCAAUAACCUGAAAGCCAUAAGUGCCAGUAGUAAAUAAAUGGCACAUAGGGCAGUGACUGAGGUAGGAAAUUAUCAGGAUGGGGAAUAAUUUUUGAAUGAAUUGUACCCCUUCAUUUUAUGGCUUGAAUAAAUAAAGUUUAUCCUUAAUUCCCUUAUUUAGGUUAUCUCCUCAUUUGGAUGUUUUAUCCAGCUUUCAUGUUAUUUAUGUUGUUUAACUGAAAUCAUUAUUAUUAAAUUCAAAACUGCAAAGGAAGCACUGUAAACAUGGAGAUGACUAUUAUUGGAAUAUUCUACGGUUUUUCUUACUGGACUUAAGAGUUAUUUUAGGCCUUAUUGUGGCUUCUGGGGAUCAGAUGGGUCAGCUCUUUUUCCUUAGAGUGUGGCAAGGCCAGCAUGUAUUCACCAUUUGGAGUUGUGAGUGCGGUGAAAAAAAUCCUGUUACAUUAACUGAAGAAGAAUGGAGAGUUCAUCUAGCAGCAUUUGUCCCUCAAAGGCCCUAUUUUGUAAAAAGCAAACUGGUUGAUUAAUCCCUCUGUUUGUGGGUGCUUGCUGUUCAGAAAUUAGCUUUUCCAAAAUAUUUAGGACAUGACCUGAAACAUUCUCUCCACAGAUACAGCCUGAAUUACUAUUUCCAUCCAGCAUUUUAUGUUUUUUUUUAUCUCAGGACCCUUCAAGUAUUUGCCUUUUGCUUCAGAAGUACUCCAUUGACUCUCUGGAAUGUUUUGAGGUUGUGAAAGCUGCAAUAUAACCAAGUACUUUUUCUUUUAAGCCACCCCAAAGUGUUUCACAUGCAGUAAACAGAAAACAAGCAAUAGAACAGUGGGGGACAUCCAAAAUUGUGGUCAAAAAAUUGCUUUCUGUAGAGAAAAGAAAAGUAAAAAUUGUAAACAUUUUUGCAAGGUGAUCACUGUAUUGAUCUUUUUGCUGCUGGUCACACUCCAAAAAAAAAGAAUUUGUUUUGUCAAGUUCCACGUUCGUUGAAGUGUGUUGUUUGUUACAACUUUUAAAAUCCAGGA